AUGACCCAUCCAAAACAGAUACACAUCGCGGUUAUCGGUGCUGGUGGAGUGGGUUCGUGUUUUCUUUCGCAGUUAGCAUGGCUUGCCAAAAACCAGCAAUCGGCACGACUGAGCCUUUGUUACCUUGCGACUAUUGACGGGGCGCUCUACAAUCGCGACUACGCCGAUAUUGAUAUUGAAACGGCUUUGCCUACACUGGAAGCGAAAGGAUCUGCCCUACCUUCCAUUUCGGACACAAUUGAGUAUCUGGCAGGUGCACCACACAAGGUUGUCUUAGUGGACAAUACCAGCUCUGGGGCUAUCGCAGAGGCUUACCCCGAGUUUCUCAAACGUGGGAUAAGCAUCAUCACACCGAACAAGAAGGCCUUCUCUGAGAGCUUUAAACUUUGGCGAGACAUAUUCAGAGCAGCUGAAUUGGGAAGCUCCAUGGUAUAUCAUGAGUCUUCCGUCGGAGCUGGAAUGCCCAUCAUCUCCACAUUGAAAGAACUCGUCCAGACUGGAGACGAGGUGACCCGCAUUGAGGGUGUCUUCAGUGGAACAAUGUCAUUUCUUUUCAAUCAAUUUUCUCCAAAAUCUGGCCAAGCAGGGAAGUGGUCAGAAACAGUGAAGAAAGCGAAGGAGCUUGGGUAUACAGAGCCCGAUCCUCGUGAUGAUCUCAAUGGGCUGGAUGUUGCUCGGAAACUGACUAUUAUGGGUCGCUUAGCUGGCUUGCCGAUCGAGUCUCCUACAUCAUUCCCAGUGCAGAACUUGAUUCCCGGAGAGUUACAAAGCUGCGACACCAGCGAAGAGUUCAUGUCAAGGCUACACGAAUUCGACGACCAUAUGGAAGGACAGAAGCUGCUUGCCGAGAGGUCCGGAAAGGUUUUACGAUAUGUUGGGAGCAUCGAGAUGAGCACGGGAAAUGUUAAAGUCGGAAUGGAGAUGUUUGAUCAUAUGCAUCCGAUUGCUACAUUGAAGGGAAGCGACAAUAUUAUCAGCUUCUACACAAAGAGAUAUGGCGAGCUGCCUCUAACAAUUCGAGGUGCUGGCGCUGGCGGAGAUGUCACUGCGAUGGGUGUGACAGCGGACCUGCUUAAAGUGCUUUCCCAGAUGGGCUAG